UAUUCACACUGGAAAAUUCAUCGAGGUGUUCUACUCUAUAUUAAGGUUAUUUCUUUUAAUUUCACAUUAAUAUGCGCCAUACUGACUUACUGUCCCCAAAUCGAAGGCCUCGAACUAUCUCCUGUGUCUGAUGGCUUUAAUAAGUAGAAGCACACAAAAAUAAUCCAAAUAAUUCUUUUCCAUGCAGGUAUUUUAGGUGAUUGUUAUUGUGCACAGUUUUGUUGGCAUUAGCGCAUUAGUUAAAUAGCUUUUUGCAAUCAGUCUGGACUAAUUGACCCGUUGGCACACACCACUGUCUGAGGUAUUAAUAUAAUUUGUCAUCCACCUGUCUGGCUAUGCGCUGCACCUGUUUCUCUGUCUGCCUGCCUGUCUGACAGCGACUUUCAAACACACCAGUCAUGUAUGAUGUGGAGCUGGAACACCUGGUGGGUGCCACAGAUCACACGGUUGAGUCAGCAAUUGGGCCACGCAGCGUCAGUUCCAAGAGCAGAGCGCUGCUUCCUCACAGCCAUGAGUUCCCAGACGAGCUUUGGCAGCAGCAUGCUGUUUCAGACCAUAAAUGAUGACCUGAACGCGUCGCUGGCUACAGCUGAUGAGUUAUCCAGAGAGUUUAACUCCAUGCUGAAGGAGGCAUCUUCUCCCAACAACAACACAACGUCUGGCUCUCAGAUACAACUGACCAGCUCUAGUAUCUCCAAAGAGAAGCCUCUGUCCUCCGGAUCCUCCAGCUCCUCCAUCUCUCCCCGGAAGUCGACCGGCAGCGCCAACGGCAGCAGCAGCUCCUCAGGCUCCUCCACCAGCCCAGCAUCUUUCCGUCCCAUCGACUCGGUCAUCUCCAGCAAUAAAAACAUCCCCACCUCCCCCGUCUUCUCCACCAGCCCGCUGUCAUCUCCCAGGAUUCACAGGAGGACCCACUCUCCUCUUCCUCGGGUCGGAUCCGACAGCUACUCCUACAGCCUGCCGAGCCCCAGACUGUCCCCACGACACAAUGCCCCGUCGCCCUUCGACAGGAGCCCCAGAAGCUCGGUCAGCUACAUGGAGAGAAGCCCGUCCCCGAUCCACUCAGCUGUUCCUCUGGACCAGUCGAGUCGAUCCUCUUCAGGCGGGAACUCCUUCAACCUGCUGAGUCCUUAUGACAACAGCCAGAUGGGCCGCAGGUCGCCUCGGCCGGACAGAAGCCCGUCUCCGCUGUCCUUCAACCAUCCAAUGUCCAGCACGCUGCCUCGAAAUUUUAACAGUUUCAGGCAACCAGAGGAAAGUGUGCAGCGGCAGAAGAGUCCCUCCAAGUGGAAUGAGACAGAUCUGGACGUGUUCUACGAGAGGAAACCUCACCACACUUACGACAAAUCGGAGUGGCUGAGACCGUCUGUGCCAAACAGCAGCUGGAGAGAAUCCAACCUGGACGGUCCUCCUCCGGCCCCGAGCCCCAAGAAGGAUCCACGGUCUAAUUCGGUCCAGUAUUCCCACAGCUCUCUCCCCCGUAACGCUCGUAUAUCAGUCCCUCCAGAUGUCUCCUCUCCAUCCCACUCUCCUUACCACCCUCAGCCCAUCAUCUCCCGCAUUUCCAUCCCUCCUGCCUCUGCUUCGACCCGCCAGCGUAAACCCAUCCCUCUCUCAGUCAUCAUGCGCCUCCAAAACCCCCACUGGGGAGCCAUGGCCACCCGCCACCCCCGAGUGCUGGGAGGAGAAGGAGACAUGGCUCCUUAUCAGCCGGCUGUACCCAUCCCCAGGGAGUACUUCCACCCACCCGUAAUCCAGCCUCAGCCCCCUGAGCUGAGGCAGCCGGCUAUUUACAGCGACGCUCUGAACCCGGGAGAUGUCGACGCAGAGCUGGAGCGGCUGGACUACAUCCGCUACAUCCCUGUGAUUAUGGAGAAUCCUCCCACACCGGAGGGCAGCGUCGAGGGCGUGCCGAUCGCUCCCCGGCCCCUCAGCCCCACCAGGCUGCAGCCGGUCGUGGCCCCCGAGGCCCAGAGCGACGCGAUCCCCGACCUGGAGGAGCUGCUGCGCAUCAGGGCGGAGAUCCCCAGAGCCCUGAAGAGACGAGGAUCCGUGGACCACUCGCUGCCCAUGAAGAAGGCCUCGCACUACCAGCCCAACCAGUACAAAAACCUCAUCGACAAGCUGUUCCGCAGGAAGGACCAUCGGCAGAGGGGGGAGCAGGGCAGCGAGACCAGCAGCUCCUCAGACGGGGAGGACGCUGCGAUGCCUCCUGCCGCUCCGCCUCAGUCAUCCAACGUGAUUCCACAUAGCUACCAUUCGAUCCUGCGCCGGUCCAGAGAACGCAAAGGUUCUGGAAGGCGAGCUCGGCUGAGUCCGCUAGUUCUGCUGCUCGAUGGAGCUUUGGUGGGAGAGCUGGAGACAGUGCAGAGAGCUGUGCAGGAGAUGAAUGACCCCAGCCAGCCGAAUGAUGAGGGCAUCACUGGUCUUCACAACGCCAUCUGCGGGGGGCAUUACAACGUGGUGGACUUCCUGGUUCGCAUCGGAGCCAAUGCCAGUGCACCAGACAGCCAUGGAUGGACUCCUCUGCAUUGUGCAGCUUCUUGCAACGAUCGUCCUCUGUGCGAGUUCUUGGUGAGGAAUGGAGCUGCUGUAAUGGCUAUGACGGAGAGUGAUGGUGCCACCGCCUCCCAGAAGUGUGAUCCUUACGCCGUCGGGUUUGAGGAGUGUGAGAACUUCCUUAGAGGCGUGGAGGAGGCCAUGGGGGUGGAGAACAGCGGGGUGCUGUAUGCUCUGUGGAGUUACCCGGCUCAGGCUGCCGACGAGCUAAGCUUCAAAGAGGGAGACAUGGUUACCAUCCUGCAGAAACCCGAAGGCUCCGACUGGUGGUGGGCUUCACUCUGCGGCAGGGAGGGCUUCGUUCCAAACAACUACUUCGGGCUUUUCCCAAAGGUUCGACCAAAAUCUCUCUGCUAGGCGUCCUCUCGAUGAUCCACUCUGGUCAAACCGGUGCAGAGGACCGUCUCAGUGCUUCACCGCUUCACACUGUUAUUUGAAAGGACUAUGUCUGUAUGAGUGUGAAAGAGCUGUAACGCUGCAGGGCAUGAGAACUAGUUUUGAUCUGUCAGUCAAGGAGAGAUGAAGGAGAAGUCUCAGUAUUCAUUUUGGCCUCACUGACAGGGAUGAAUCGUUUUUUCAUUCGUACCGACUCUGCUGUAGGAUAUUUUCUCUAGUAAAGCUACAACUCAAGCCUUCUGUCGAGCUUUGCAUGAAGAUUACAAAAGGGUCGUCCUCUCUGCUGUUCUGCUCAGCUGUGCUCCAGUCAGGAGUUGACAUUUCUGACUUAUUGGCCGGUUACUAAUCAAGAAAGCAGACAGCGUUCAGUCCACUCAGCAACAAGGUCAAUGUAGGUGUGUGUUGUCAUGACUGUUUAGAAACAGGCUGCUUCUCUUGGAGUAAAAUCAACUUUCUCAGCAGCGGAGGAGUUUGUUUGUUUGCUGCUACAUCGAAGCAAAAGGGAGCAGUUAGGAGUUGAAAUGGAACUUUGAAUUUUUGUGAAUAUUUUUUGAAAAUGUAUUCCAUCACUGUGUUUGGUUUUUUUUGGAAGUAGUUUCACAGAUUUUAGUGCUAAUAUCCAACUGGAACCAUAUUGUGAAGAAAUGUUUUGGUAAAGAAUGACCACAUUCGUGACUUUAGUAGCCAAAUAUGAUUUUUGGAUUAUUAGGAGUGAUGCUUUUUAUAGUAUUUACAAUCAGCCAGUGUAAAAAUUUACCAGAAUGUGGCUGGUUUCUGCUCCCCUUUCCAAUGUUGCACAAUGUUGGUUCUCGGUUCUGUUCUUAUGUCGUCUACAUAAAUGAGUAUAAAUGUGUUUUCCUUGGCAAUGAAGCUGGUGUUUUUGUGGGUGUGUGUGUAUUCACAGUGGUAGAAUGAGCGUUGCCUUUGUUUUCACUUUAUAUGUUGUAAGUUUUCAGUGUUUUUACAUCGUUUUCACUUUUGUUGUGAGGGACUGCUGUGCACCUGAUCUGUCACCUCUCAUCUGAGGGGCUCACAGUGACCAAAUGUUUAAAUGUUCAAUAAAUAUAUGAGCCACA